AUGUAUUCACAACCUACUUUAUAUUUUUCAGCUCUACUGCAAGUUACAAUUUCACUUAGCAAAGUUGAGCUCAGUGUGGGUGAAUCCAAGUUCUUCACAUGCACAGCCAUUGGUGAGCCUGACAACAUAGAUUGGUACAACCCACAAGGAGAGAAGAUUGUUUCUAGUCAGAGAGUGGUUGUUCAGAAAGAAGCUGUUCGAUCACGUCUAACCAUUUAUAAUGCAGAUGUAGAAGAUGCUGGUAUAUAUCGGUGUCAAGCAACAGAUGCUAAAGGACAAACUCAAGAAGCUACUGUUGUUUUGGAAAUUUAUCAAAAGCUCACUUUCCAGGACAUAAUAUCUCCACAAGAGUUCAGGCAGGGAGAAGAUGCAGAAGUUGUUUGCCAUGUUACUAGUUCACCUGCUCCCAUUGUCAGCUGGUUGUAUCGGAAUGAGGAAGUCACAACUAUUGCUGACAAUCGAUUUGCAGUAUUAGCAAACAAUAAUCUCCAAAUUCUUAAUAUCAAUAAAAGUGAUGAAGGAGUAUACAGAUGUGAAGGAAGAGUGGAAGCCAGAGGAGAAAUUGACUUUCGGGACAUAAUUGUUAUUGUGAAUGUUCCCCCUGCAAUUAUUCUGCUACAGAAAUCCUUUAAUGCCACUGCAGAUCGAGGAGAGACAAUAGCUUUGUUCUGCAGAGCCACUGGAUCACCUCCACCUGAAAUCAGUUGGUAUAGGAAUGGUAAACUUAUUGAAGAAAAUGAAAAAUAUAUGCUGAGAGGAAGCAAUACAGAAUUAACAAUAAAAGAUAUAAAAAAUAUUGAUGCGGGUCCUUAUAUCUGUAAUGCUAAAAACAAAGCAGGAAAUGAUAAAAAACAGACAUUCCUUCAAGUUUUUGUACAGCCUCAAAUAAUACAACUUAAAAAUGAAACCACAUUUGAGAAUGGGAAAGCCACCCUCAUCUGUGAAGCAGAAGGAGAACCUAUCCCAGAGAUUACUUGGAAAAGGGCCAUUGAUGGAAUGACUUUCUCUGAAGGUGACAAGAGCCCAGAUGGCCGUAUAGAAGUCAAAGGGCAGCAUGGAAAAUCGUCACUGCAUAUUAAAGAUGUGAAGUUGUCAGAUUCAGGGAGAUAUGACUGUGAAGCUGCAAGUAGAAUUGGUGGGCACCAAAAGAGCAUGUACCUUGAUAUUGAAUAUGCUCCAACAUUUGUGUCAAAUCAAACCAUGUAUUACUCUUGGGAAGGCAAUCCUAUCAAUAUAAGCUGUGAAGUGCUAGCAAAUCCAUCUGCCUCAGUUCAGUGGAGAAGAGGAAAAUUAGUUUUACCAGUAAAAAAUACAACACAUCUAAAGACCUACAGCACAGGAAGAAAGCUGAUUCUAGAGAUUGCUCCCACAUCUGACAGUGAUUUUGGACGGUAUAAUUGUACAGCCACAAACAGAAUAGGAACAAGAUAUCAGGAGUAUACUCUUGGUCAAGCUGAUGUGCCAUCAAAUCCCUAUGGAGUACGAGUUUUAGAGUUGUCACAAACCACUGCCAAAGUUUCAUUCAAUAAGCCGGAUUCACAUGGAGGUGUGCCCAUUCAUCAUUACCAAGUGGAUGUAAAAGAGGUAGCCUCAGAAACCUGGAAAAUAGUUCGCUCCCAUGGAGUUCAAACAAUGGUUGUUCUCAGCAAUUUGGAACCAAAUACGACAUAUGAAAUCAAAGUAGCUGCUGUAAAUGGAAAAGGGCAAGGAGAAUAUAGCAAAAUCGAGAUAUUUCAGACCUUACCUGUCCGGGAGCCAAGCCCCCCUUCAAUUCAUGGACAACCAGGAAGUGGCAAAAGUUUUAAACUUAGCAUAACUAAACAAGAUGAUGGAGGAGCCCCCAUUUUGGAAUAUAUUGUCAAAUACAGAAGUAAAGAUAAGGAAGACCAGUGGCUAGAGAAAAAAGUGCAGGGCAGUAGAGACCACAUCAUCUUAGAGCACCUUCAGUGGACUAUGGGUUAUGAAGUACAAAUUACAGCUGCCAACAGACUGGGUUAUUCUGAACCAACAUUGUAUGAAUUCAGCAUGCCACCAAAGCCCAACAUUAUUACAGACACUCUUUUUAAUGGUCUUGGCCUUGGUGCUGUUAUUGGCCUGGGAGUGGCAGCCCUGUUGUUAAUCCUGGUUGUGACUGAUGUUAGCUGCUUCUUUGUACGACAAUGUGGAUUGCUAAUGUGCAUCACCAGGAGGAUCUGUGGGAAAAAGAGUGGUUCAAGUGGAAAAAGUAAAGAACUGGAAGAAGGAAAGGCUGCUUACUUGAAAGAUGGAUCAAAAGAGCCGAUAGUGGAAAUGAGAACAGAGGAUGAAAGAAUUACCAAUCAUGAAGACGGGAGCCCAGUAAAUGAGCCAAAUGAGACAACUCCCCUCACAGAACCAGAGAAGCUGCCACUAAAGGAGGAAAAUGGGAAAGAAGCUUUAAAUCCAGAAACCAUAGAAAUCAAAGUUGCUAAUGACAUCAUCCAGUCAAAAGAAGAUGAUAGCAAAGCAUAAUAAGAUAAACUACAGCUGUCUGGAUAAUGCAUUUGGAUUGAAGUAACCCCGUGACCAAAACUUUACAGCUGAUCUUAAUUUCUUGGGAAACUUAAGCUUGGAAUAGUUAGUACAUGUGUACAUAUGAUGAAACAGUUUCUGUCUACAGUUCCUUUCUAUUUUUUUGUUAAUGGCUUUAGUAUGUAGUUUUGCUGACACCAAGUCCCAUGGUAUGAAUUUGAAAAGUCUUCAGAACAAGAACUGUAAUUUAUUAUAUGACAAAGUGUGUCUAUUUAGAAGAAUAGUUACAAAGCACCCCUGACCACAAACAACACAUCAGGUCUCUCCAGUUCUUACAGUGCAAGCUACAUACAUAAAGUGCCAUAUACUACUGUAUUUUUUUUUCCAUUUAUGAUUAAACAAGUUUAGGUUACCCUUAAAAACAAAACAAAAAAAAAAAAAAAAAAAAAAAAAAAAACACAAACCAGUCUCAGUAUAACAUUUAAGAAUUUAGCACUGGCAGACACUCAGUAGUCAUUCCAGCUGUGCUUAUCACUUGAAGCAAACAAGAAAAAAGACACUCUUCAACAUAGAACCAGCUCCACCUGCAGUUCCACCUGGGUUAUUUGGUAAAAUAAAAAGUUGAUAACCACAGUGUAGAGAUUUAAAUAAAAUUGGCUAAAUAUUUCAUAGCAGUAUAUUGGCCUCAUCAUAAUUACAUGAGUGUGAUUCUGAAAGGCUCCAGGGUUUUUCAGCACUUCAGGUUUUCAGUAUUAAAGUUUUGGAGGUCCUGUGUGAACUAAAAUGUAGCAAAAGUGUGAAAAGAAAUCUCUUUUUUGAUCAUAAACUUGGCUUCAAGUGAAAACUUAUGAUAAACACAAACUCAAAUUAUUUGUCCCAACAUAUUUAUACAUAUACACUAUUCAUUCUUUUAGUUCUAACCAUUUAGUCAUGGGAUAAAACUGCAUUUUAGUGUAGUAGAUAAAUACAUUUUCUCCCCAGAUCAGUACAUGAGAUAUUAAAAGUUGGCCUUAUUAAAGUAACACUUGUUCCUUUAUGAUUUCAUACCCUUUGUCUUAACAAAAAAAAAAAGUAAGAACAGAUGGAAAGGAGGACUUUGGCUAAACAAGAAAAAUUUUAAAUUGUUAAUUGAUAGCAUUGUGUAUUAGACCAAAUACAUUUUUCCUGUUGAGCAUUUCUUAAGAUAAUAAUUUUUAUUAUUCUGGUUAUUAUAAUCAUAGUUAUUAUUUAUAAUUAUUUUAUUAUUCUGGUUAACAUGCACCACUCUGAAAUUUGACUGAUUUCUUUGAUGAAAAAUUAAUUCGUAUCUGUUAGCAUUGAUUUAAUGGUGUCACUAUAUUUUUUUUUCCGUUCCAACAUAGUGAAUCCACACCCAUUAAACUUUUCAAAGUCUUGCUUUGGAAGAAGUAGAUAAACCAUAUAGAAAAAUAGACUGAAAAAUUCUACUUGUCAGGAGUAAAUUGCAAAGUACCUUGUGGAUUUUUCACAUCUAAGUCAUACCUGAGGUUUAAGUGUAGCUUUACUCAGCAAAUUAUGUCCUUUCCAUGCUAUAUCUGAAUUUUGCUCAUAUUUGAAGUCCUUACAGUUCCCAAUUUCCCACAGAAUGUCAUCAACCCGUAGCUGACAUUUUGUAGUCAUGGCAAAGUGGUUGACUUCUGUGCAGUAAAGCUGAAAGUGAAAUGUAAGAGAAUGUCCUUAAAUUUGAGGAAAAUGGCAGGUCAACCUUCUUGUUGACCCAAGCCCUAGUGCAUUUGAAAGAGCUGAGGAGGAUAUAUUUAAUUCAUAGAUCUUUCUCUUUUUUUUUUUUUUUUUCAAAACCAAGUCAUUUUAUGGGUCUUUUUACAAUUUUUCCUGACUUUGGGAAAUGCCUACAAUGAACCAAGUAGUUGAGGACAGAGGCAUACCACUGGUGUGGCUAGGAGAAUAGGCCACGUUCCCACAAAACCAGUACCAAAGUGAAAAGAAUGUGUAAGAAGAAAUAGUAAUGUGGGAUGUAAGUCAUAAAAGAGAAGAAUUUUAAACUGCUGCAAAUAAGUUUCUUUAAAUGCUAAAGCACUACUUCUGAGAGAAGGAAAGUUGAAGACAUUCCUUUGUGACCUUUCGGGGAUGCUUCCAUGUACUGAGCAGGCAGUACUACCAAAUAGCUACUUGUCUAUUAAAUUUCUGUCCUGUUUCUAAGUACAUAGUGAGCAGGACUGCCCCCUAACCUAUAAUUAAGCAACCAGUUGUCUCAUAUAUCUGUGAGUAUAUAUUCUUUCUACAAAGUAUGUAUUUGCAGCUGGGCUUUCUCUCUAUAUCAAAAUGCAAGGAAGGGACCUGGAAAAUUCCAGCAGUUGAUAAUAAUGUGGUUGGUGUGGCUUGUACAUCUGCAGCCCACAUCACACAGUAUUUUUACCAGAAUGAGGAUUAAAGUAGGAAACAUCCUUUCUUCUUCUACCUGCCGUCACAAAGUUAGGUGGUGCCAUGCAUAUUCACAUAAGUCAAGCUUCACUAGGCAAAGGGUGCUUUUUCUGAAGCCAGCAUGAUCAUUUGCACAAGAUUCCUAUACAAUGUGGGAGGAGCUGACAGUGUCUAGGCUCAACUGUAGAUGCAUUUCAACUUUUAGUUCUUCUUACAGAGACAUACACAAAACCAAAAAACCUUCAUGGCCUAACAGCUAUAUAUUUGUUUUUCUGGUUUGGUUUUUUGGGUGUUUUUUUCUUCCUAAUAUGGCCUCUAAUUAAAAUGUGAAGGGAUUAGAGAAUUUAAAAGGUCUUGCCAGUACAUUUGUGACUAAUACACCUAUGCUGCUCUUUACAAGUAAAAUAGACUGCAAGAUUAUUUCAAUAUUGGAAGCAAAAGCAUUUCCCACUAUAUUGGAUUACAAAUCAAAAACUAUUUCCAGGAGUAUUUAUUUUCUUCCUGCUGUUAAGUCUCUUGUCAGCUGGGCUAUGUGAGGACUGAGAAUUAAACAGUUCUAAAUUACUGGUGGACUGUUCCAAGCAUACCUUUUGGUCUGUGGAUUAAUAGGUUAUCUCUGUGCUUUGACUCUAUGCUGUGCAGGAGAAAGCCAAACUAUAACAAUAAAAGAAUGCUUAAAACCACUGAUAUUUGCAAAUAUUUCCAAAUGAGGGACAGAGCAUAGUAAUAUGUAAGAUAUGUGUAGAACUGGAAUAACAUCAUUUCUUUAUUUUCUUUUCCUAUUCUAGACUAAAAAGAAAAAAAAAACAAAACAGGUAUCUGUAUAAAUGUCACUUUUACUGUCUAAAAGUAAUUUUAAGUGUUAGUAUGAAAUGUCAGAAGAGUUGACAAAAUAUAACUAUUUGUAAAAGUAAUCUGAAUUGUUACACUAACAUACUCCAGGGAUGAGGGUGGGAGGGAGCCAUUGAAAUUAUUAAUGAUAUGGAAUGUGGCAGUGACAAUCUCUCUUCACAAAAAAUAAGGGGUAAAAUUAAGUAAAAUGACUCAGUUUCUUCUUAUUAUUUUUUUUUAGUAGACCUGCAUUCUGAUUUACCACAAUAAUUGCAAAAUUUUUAAUUAAUGUUUUAAAAUUUGGUAUACAUAUAUACUCUGGAGAGUUUUUCCUGGUUUUGUUUGUUUAUUUGUUUUUUUGAGACUUCUAAGGUUUUUUUUUGUAGUUUCAGCAAUAUUUACUAUUCCUGUGAUGCUAAUGCCUAAUGUGACAAAGAUUAAUUUAUUUAGGCCUCAGUCUUGCAAGAAAUUUUGUGUGUUUGAACCCACCUCUCAUAUGGCACCCCACUGAUAUCAGUGGGGACAAUGUGAGCAGGAGGAUGGAUGUACUUUCACAGGAGAGCUUGCAGGAUUGGGCCUACUUUCUAUCUCUUCAUAGAUAUGUACAACGUAGUUACACAAUGACAGUCAUCUACAAAGGCUGCUUGACAACGGUCCCUGGUAUAGUAAAUUCCACCUGCUGUCUUCAGCCUCUGCAUUGAUGUUCAUCAAAAACAAUGGCUUUCUUCUUAUGAUGGUAAUUACAUUGAUUAUUUAUUUAAGUGCCAUUCAUCAAACUGUAGUAUAAUAAUCAUGCCAUUUUUCUGUUUCCUAGACUGGAUAAUGGAAAUGUAUUUGUGCCUUUUGAUAGCAUGCCACUCCACUUUAUUAAAGAAAAAUCUUCAAUAAUUUGUCUACAAAGCCUGUUUAAAAUAUUUGAAAGCUUUACCAUGGCAUACUUUUCUUCUCAGAUAUGCUCAAAUACUCAUCUAAAGUACACUGGAGAUAGUAUUCUCAAGUCACAUAAAUAUUUUAAACACAAAGUUGCAAAGAUCUAUUGAGGUCACAAUUCUAGUGAGGGUCAUAGUAGGUUAUAUCACUGCUAAAAAGAUUCAAGUAGAUGGAGCACAUAGGGGGUGUGUUGGGGUGUUUUGACCAAUUUUUCAAGUUGAAGAGUCAGACAGAAAGUUGCCUUAGUUCUAUUUAGGUACUUAGACCUAAAUAUUAAGAUCUUUUCUCAAAUCUGAAAGAUGCUAUGGAGCAUCUUCCCACCAUUUUACCUCUGGAGUAAAACUGCAGUGAAUAUUUGUUCCACCAUCAUUUGUGGCCUCACCAGCUCUGUGUAAGCUGUCAUAGGAAGUAAUAUCUUUGUAGAGUAAUUGUUGUGUCUGUUGGGUGACAUUCACUCCUGAUUAAAGGACCUCCAAAAAGGCCAUUUAUUGAAAAAGCUCAAGACUUUAUUAUGAAUUAUUUAUGAAGGGGUGCUGAAAGCACUGCAAGACAGGAAUCAGAUCUCACUGGGCUUUAAGACACAAAUUGACUUCGGUGGGACCUGAAUUUCAUCCAUCCAUCUCAGUGGGGCUCUGCAUGUCCUCAGCUGAUUCAGUCACUUUUGUGGAUGAGACUUCUAGGUAUAAGUGGAACUUAAAUAUCCUGCCAGGCUCUUAAAAAUUUGCACAGAGGAGGUUUUCCUAUCAGGAGUACAUACUGAUCAGGAAAUGUUGUUAAAAAUAUCUGAUCACAGUUUUAUCCCAUACGUUGUUAUAUGACCAUAAAUAAAUGAAAUAUCCCUCUAAAUAAUUCAUUGUGAUUUCGAUAAUUAUUUAGGUGAAGAUCAAAACAUUCUAAGAAGUAAUAUUUCUUCUUAAAUCCCUUUGUUUAAUUUCAGAUAUUUGUGCUGAUCAAUGCAAACCUACCAUGGUUUAAUAAAACUUUAUUAAAAAGGAUCUCCCCCUUUUUCAGAUUUUUUCCAUAUCAUUUCCUGGAGUACCCAGUCCACUUGACAGCAGUUCUGUAGUGGUGGGGGGAAACAACUCCCUAAGUUUUAAGUGAUCUUCAGUAUUUCCACUGGACAUUUAAAUGUGUUCUUGUAUCAUUUUAUUUGAACCUAAGCCAAAAAGAAGCCUUUCUAUUACAAGUUCGGCUUUGGAUCAGGUUCUGAGAAAUCACAGUUCACCAGUCUGUCUUUCCUCUUAACAGGCAUUGUAAGCCUCAUGAUGUUUGACUUUCAAACUUGAAUAUUGGCCAAUUUUAGCCCAGAGAAAUGAAAUAGGUAUUUAUUGCCAAAUUUGUAUUGGCAGCUUUUAAGUCACAGGUGAGAUCAGGAGCGGGCGAAAUGACCAGAUGCAGUGCCAACAGAGUUCAGGAAAGCCGCCACCAGAGAGAACAGGUGCCAAAAAGUGAGCCAAGAGAGGGCUCGGAGGAUACUGGGAGCCUCUCUCAUUAGGGGACAAGGGAAAUAGGGAACUACUGAAACAAGAGAGACUGCUGGAGGGCAUUGCCAAAAGGCAGGGUACUGCAGGCUGUGAAAACCAGAGGAGGUGGAACAUUAACCCUGCUGUAUCCUUUAACUCGACCAUGUAAACAGACUACAUUUUCAAACCUAAAAUACAGGUUGGGGGAAGGGAAAACAAACCCUCAGAGUCUCUGUAUCAGUGACAAAUAUAUAAAGCAGUCAGACCCCCCUCUUCCCCCGGAAGAUAAUUUCGUUGCUCGUGGUAUAGAGUUCUCACUAAGAAUUCUGAACUACUUAGACAAAGGUUUUUUAUU